UCUUUCCCCCCCCCCCUGCGUUUUGAGCUUAUUCUAUGUGGGCCGACAAAUGGUGGGAUAAAUGUGAAAUAGAAGGAUUAGGACCGGUUGGGUUUCAGAGUGGCUGUUGUAGAUUGCAUAUAUUUUUCUUUUCUUUUCCUCUCCUAUGAUUUCUCAGCAACCAGAUGGAGCAGUGCAAGAUCGAUUUGAUCUGGGUAAUGGGUGUUCGCUGAUUUUGGAGUCAUAUUUUUAAGAUAACAGACUACCAGCCUUCAGGAUUGACCCCAAAAGAUAAGAAUGUCCCCAUUUUAGUUUAAACUGCUUAUUAUGUGAUUCUGUUGACUUACCAUAUUUACUAAGACUUUUGUUUUAUGCUACUCCAAAUUUCUGGCUUGUCCACUUGCAUCAGCAGUCAAUCUCUGAGAUUAAAAGCUUCAAGAGAGUCUCCGGGACUGACUCAGGAACUUACAAGCGACAGACUGGAGAGUAUAGCAGAAAUUGAAAACAGAUAUGAUGUCUUUGAUGAAGUGAAACAUCGGUUUUUAAGUUUCAAAAAGCACAAAUAUUUGGAAAAUUUAGAAUGCUUUCAAAAUCUAGCCACUGCUCAGGCACCGAAGUUCAUGGUUAUUGCUUGUGCUGAUUCUAGAGUUUGUCCCUCCAAGAUCCUGGGAUUUGAACCAGGAGAAGCUUUUAUGGUUCGAAACGUGGCAAAUCUGGUGCCUCUGUAUGAGAAUGGACCCACAGAAACAAAUGCUGCUCUUGAGUUUGCUGUAAAUACUCUUGAGGUUGAAAAUAUUCUAGUCAUUGGCCACAGCUGCUGUGGGGGAAUUCGUGCCCUUAUGGGUAUGGAAGAAGAAGUAGACUCAAGUAGCUUCAUUCAAAGUUGGGUUGUUGUUGGGAAGAAUGCAAAGUUAAGAGCCAAGGCUACUGCUUCCAAACUUAGCUUUGAUCAGCAGUGCAGAAACUGUGAAAAGGAAUCCAUCAACUGUUCAUUGUUGAACCUUCUCACUUACCCAUGGAUUAAAGAACGAGUGGAAAGAGGAAUGCUUUCAAUUCAUGGUGGCUACUACGAUUUUGUCAACUGUACUUUUGAGAAAUGGACUCUGGACUAUAAGGAAAGUGGCAGAUACCUGGUCAAGGACAGAGUAUUUUGGGCCUGAAUUUUGCUUUGAUCUUCCCAUUCCCCCUUUCGGUCUGUUUGUUUUUAUUUGUCUAUUUAUUUACAUUUCCUUCUUCUGGUAAGUGCAUGUUUAAUGUAACUGUUUGAAAUGAUAAAAUUGAUAUGCAAUGUAGACAAGUCAAGGUGUGAGAACAUAAAGUUCACGUAAGAAUAGAGAAUGAAAAUAAGAAAUUAAUUAUAUUUUCAUUUGUUAA